AGCACUUUAUUGCAACACCAAACAAGCGGAUGUACCGUGAGCCAGUUCGUUAGCUAGCCGCAAAAACCAAGUCGGUUGCAAGUUGCAUUAUUAUUAUUAUUAUUGAGUGACAGUUGAAUCUGGAAUAGACAGUGCACGGUGACGGAUGUUUGCAAUCAUUCGUUAACGUGUCAGGAUUCAUCAUUUGUGAAUUUUGAGAGCCGGACAGUUACCGAAGCUAGUUAGCUUAGCAUUGCUAACGAGGCCAGAGGCUGUAGCGUAUCAGUUUAGCGUUGGUUGGUUAACGUGGAUGUUUUGCAGCGAGCUGAACUGAUACCAGAUACAGAGGGACGUGUAUUUAUGCAUUUAUUCAACAACUGUUCUUAACCAACAGCUACAGGUUGAAUGCAUGUUAUUAAACUUGUCAAGCAGUAUAUAAAAUACCGUGUUAAAGGUACAGCUGCAGGUUUGUUUUUGAUGGUUUAGAAGAUUAAGCUGAAGAUAAAAAAGUGCAGUCAUGGACGAUUUUAGCUCGAUCAGCCUGCUGUCUCUUGCGAUGUUAGUGGGAUGUUAUGUGGCCGGGACGAUACCUUUAGCAGUCAACUUUUCAGAGGAGAAGCUGAAGCUGAUAACUGUGCUGGGAGCAGGGCUGCUGUGUGGGACUGCUCUGGCUGUUAUUAUUCCUGAGGGGGUCCACGCACUUUAUGCAGAAAUACUGGAAGGUGCACACCACAACCACGGCCAGGCUGGAGCCGUGGAAGUGUCCGAGGCGAAGGGUGAAGCGGACGCGGCCCUGAGUGUCGGCGGGAAACACGAGCACAGUCACGAGCAGCUUCACGCCUGCAUCGGAGUGUCUCUGGUUCUGGGCUUCGUCUUCAUGCUGCUGGUGGACCAGAUAGGCAGCUCUCAUGUGCACAGCACAGAAGGUUUAGAUCCAGAGUCAGCAAGAGUCGCCUCCUCAAAAAUCACAACCACCCUGGGUCUGGUGGUCCACGCUGCAGCUGAUGGAGUGGCGCUCGGAGCUGCUGCCUCCACCUCUCAGACCAGCGUUCAGCUCAUUGUCUUUGUAGCCAUCAUGCUGCACAAGGCCCCGGCAGCGUUCGGCCUGGUGUCGUUCCUGAUGCAUGCUGGUCUUGAGAGGAACCGGAUCCGCAAACAUCUCCUGGUCUUUUCCCUGGCAGCGCCCGUCCUGGCCAUGCUCACCUUUUUAGGCCUCAGUCAGAGCAGCAAGGAGGCCCUGUCAGACUUCAACGCCACCGGCGUCGCCAUGCUCUUCUCUGCUGGCACCUUCCUCUACGUGGCCACCGUUCACGUCCUCCCUGAGGUCGGGGGCGGCGGCCACAGCCACGCCCCCGCAGGAGGGAACGGAGGGAAAGGACUGAGCAAGGUGGAGGUGGGAGCUCUGGUGUUGGGCUGCCUCAUUCCUCUGGUGCUCUCUGUUGGUCACCACCAUUAGACCCAGACUGCAGGACGGAUUUAAGACAGGUGUACAGGGGAGGGAAAGCGGAGACAGAGACUUCAAACAUUGUGGAUCUAAAUGUCUUGUUGCUUGUUGUCUGCUGAUGGACCUCGCGGACCAGACUGGUGCUCAUUGCGGGGACAUCUCAUGACUUAAACAGGGACUGAAUGACGGUAGGGAAAUCAAGAGUUGCUGCAGAGACAACGGAGGAUCACGACAAUGUUUUAUCUGACGGCGAAACAUCUCACAGCUGCUGUAUGUGUCCAUUUAUUCCACCAGAAAGCCCUUUUUAAGAGACACCAGUAGCUGUUUAUUUCGAUCAUCGUGGAGUUUUCAGUGUUGCAUUGUCGUGCUCGUUCAAAGUCAAAGAACCAACCCGGAUUCAACACGGGGAUGUUUUACUAGGUGGCAGUUGCCCAGUGAGAUUUAGAUUUGAAGAAGCCGCUGAUAUCAAGAAAGCAAACUCUCUUUUUUAAAAUAAUUGUACAAAGUGUAAAUCUCUUUGCAACAACUCAGAUAGAUGUGAGCUGAUUUUCAAGUGCCAUAGUAGGAAGAUGAAAGCGAUCCCUGAAGAGACGGCGCCAUGAGGACGUCGCCACAGAAAUAGAAUAGGAACGCUACACAUAAACAUGGCCGCCCCUCUGACCACCCUGCUACAUUGAUUUGAAUGUCCCUUCUACUAUUUCUAUUGACAUUACAGUUAGUCGUCAACGUUCCCGACUUAUCUUUCUGACCGACGGAGAUCUUUUUCUGGCAGCCGACUAUGAAGCAGGAUGAGAGAUCAGCUCGAAUAAACACCCAGAUGUUUGUCACGCACGUUUCUUUGUCUCUUGAGUUUGCCUUUUGUUUCUUGGCCUGACGGGAAGCUUUUCUACGAUGCGGAUACUGAUGAUGUGUUUCUCGUCGGUUCAAACCCGAGUCCUGAACGAGGAGAAGACACGACCAGCGGCGCAGCAGUCACUUUUAUUUUUAGUUUCUGGACGUGCUUAUCUUUUGUUCUGUUUUACUUUGAGAGUAAUUAUAAAUAGAAGUCGGAGGGGAAACAAAUCUGUAUAGAAUUGUCUUAAUUGAUUGUAUAGAGUGUUACUAAGAUUAUCUGGAGGCGGAGGGAUACUUCAGCAGCUCUGAAUGAAUAGUUUGCCUGACAGAAGGCAUUAAGUGGAUGAAACCGUUUAGGGACCAUCGGCUCAGGAGAACAAACAUGUUACAGAUCCAGGCAGGAGGAUUUUCAACAAAUUUUUUCUUCUUUUUUUUGGCUUACUCAUUAGUUAAUCAUACCUGAGCAAUAAUCGUACGCAUGGAAUCGGGGCAAUGUUGUGGCAGAGUCUGAAAUGGCUUCAUAUGGUUUGCCUUCAUCCUUAAAGCGCUGGUCAUGUGAUUCAGAUCGACCCUCUGGAACGCAGCCCCCCCCCCCAUCUCUGCCUCGGUACAACUAAAACAGUAACCGGUUGAUGCAUUAAAGCCUAAGUAGGGACAGGACGGGUGGAUAUUGUGAGUAUUACUGUAUCACUGUGCCUGCUCAUGUAUAUGUAUGUAUGUAUGUAUGUGUGCUGUACAGAGUAACUGCUUCUUUCCACAAUCAUCACCAUCAUGAUCUCGUGUGAGACGGAACUGCUGACUCACAAACACAUUGUUUCUUUUAAAUCUUACAUUUUUGGACAUGGAUGGACGGCUCUGACACGAGGUGUCAAACGGUCUGAGGAGUCUCUGUUUUAUGUAUAAAUUGAACGUUUUCUACAAAUGCAACUCUUCAAUUAAUUCCAAGUUAUAAGAAGAGAAGAAGAAGAAACCUGCCGCGGCGUUUUAGAGAGGAAGGGUCGGGUCGCAUGCAGACCAGCAGCUGCAUGACUGUUUUAUUUGUUGUGGGACGCUGUGUGUGUACAAAAGGGAAAGAACUCCACUGUGUUGCUUCACACACACAGCCCCAUCAUGUGCCAGUUCAUCUACGUGUUGCAUCAGGAUCCCUGCCGAGAUUUGGCUUUUACAUCUUCCCAUGUCUUUAUGAUGUGAUUCCAGUGUCACUAACUGGAGCAUCGUGGUUAUGAUUGUUGGUUAAAACUUUUUAAUGAAUGAAUAUGAAGCUUCAUCAUGAACAUUUAAAAUACUGGACCAUCACAUUUUGAGUGUCGGCACUAAACAUCUUUGAUCAAACAUGCGUAUAAAAUGAGAAAAUGUAACUGUAGAAACUGGUUAAACUUCCCGAUAUCUGCGGGUGGAGUUUGAUGCUUCGUCUCCCACACAAACAGGAAGAGAUGAUGGCACAUGUUGGGGCUGAGUGGAGGUUUUGGAUCAGUGGAGUUUCAGGAUCAAGUCAAUAUUUGUAAUGGUUUCAGUGGGGGUGUAUCUUUAUUUCCUGUCUUUUUCUGUCAUUCCAGAAUGAGUCUGCCUUAUUUCCAUACUUUUGAUUGUGAAAAUCAGUUGUAAAGCGAUGUGUUUUAUGACGACUAAAUUAAAGUUUUUUAACUGGUGAAAAUGUUCUCCUAUAUUUUGA